CUCCCUACCCCCUCCAGUUCCACCACCAUUUCUGACUCUGGGCGCCGGACAGUAGACAAUGGACCUGAUCGGACAGCUCAGAGCUUCUGCUCUUUUCUGUCCAUAAGAAACAAUUGGAUUGGUGGAAGAUGCAGGACAGGCCAGGAGCAAGGAAGGAGGGUGUGGUCAAGCAAGGCAUCCCCCGAGGCUAGAUGCCCUAAGGUUUUUAUCAGAACGGCGUAGAUUAGUUUCGCCUUUUUUUUCUUCCCCGAGAUGAGUUUGUGUUGUUUACUUUAAAAAUAAAAUAGAAAUAAAAAAUAAGAGAUAGAAAAAAUCAUUAAAAUUAUAGCUCACAACUGUGAAGGGGGAGAGGGGUGGGGGCGCGAAGGAGUGCAUUCACAUAUAUCUACACAUUUAACCGAAUGCCAUCUGUCUCUCCAUUGGCUUGGCCUGUUCCCCCUGACCUUCCCAACGCAUAUGUAUGAGGCUUCCUGCCGCCUUGUGUGUGCCUAUGCAGCUGCCUGUUCCUGUGUGUGAAGAGAGGGAGAGGGGGGCGACUGAGAGAGAGAGAGAGAGCGGUGAAUAGAGAACAGAACAGCAGCCGGGCUGGAAGCUUCAGCCAUGUCAGUUUUCUCUAAAACGCUGGACAGACGAUGAGAAGAGAGGAACUAUGGCCUUGUCACUGAGUGCAGAUGAAGAGGACUAUGAAUCAGAAUCUGAACAGCAGCAUGCAGCCAACCGGCCAAAGCCCAAGAUGGGGACGUCAGCCGCGGUCAAGCUGCCGUCGAAUCGCAGUGCGUCUGGCGCCAGACGCAGGAGAACACGCUGCCGAAAGUGUGAGGCGUGCCUCCGAACCGAGUGUGGAGACUGUCACUUCUGUAAAGACAUGAAGAAGUUUGGAGGACCUGGGCGCAUGAAGCAGUCCUGUAUCAUGAGGCAGUGCAUUGCACCUGUCCUGCCCCACACGGCUGUGUGUGUCGUGUGUGGAGAAGCAGGUAAGGAGGACUCCCUGGAGGAAGAGGAGGACAAGUUUAACAUCAUGCUCAUGGAGUGCUCCAUCUGCAGUGAGAUUGUUCACCCCAACUGCUUAAAGGUUAAAGAUGCCUCUGGCGUGGUGAAUGAUGAACUUCCCAACUGUUGGGAAUGUCCCAAAUGCAACUACGCUGGGAAAACAGGAAAAGUCUGCAAGCAAAAAAGGGGACCAGGGUUCAAGUACGCGUCCAACCUCCCUGGCUCUCUGCUGAGGGAGCAGAAGGUUGUCAAGGAGGAGGGCGAGUCCACCUCUACAUCUACAGUCAAGAGGAAGCCUGAGAGGGAUGAGACUCCCAGACACAGACCUGAGGAAUGGGAGCCCCUUCACAGACAACCCCCUGUCCUGUCCCCUAGCACCCUGCCUCGGCCCAGACCUGAGGACAAACUGAGGAAGAAGAGGAAGCUCUUCGACGAUGACUAUGAAGAGGACUUUGAUGUGAGGAAGAAGGGAAAGUCAGAUGGACAUCUGUUCCUUAAUCAGAUCAAGACUGAAGAGGAGGAGGUGGAUGAAGAGGAGAAGGCCUCUCUGUACCGGCAAGGCCUGGAGAGGAGAGGGCGUUUAGGCGAUACCGAGGAGGAGGCAGAGUACGAGGAUGACGAGGACGCAAAGACAAGCCUGCCCAGGCCUCCUCUCAAAACUCCUGUUCUAGAUAGUGACCAGUCUCACUGCAGCUCUCCAUGGGCUGGCCCCAGUAGUGAGGGGGGCAGUGAACCCCAGGAGAAGGGCCCACGUCCCAAAGCGUGCCGCAAACGCCGAUUACCAAACAAAGAGCUGAGUAAAGAGCUGAGCAAAGCACUGAACCAGGAGAUCCAGAAGACCGAGGACUGCCUUGCCAAUGAGAACCGCCAGCCCCUGAAGGUGGAGCCAGAGAGUGAGAAUGAAGAGCCAAAGAGGAGCUUCCGCAAUGGCAGUGACCUCGGAGGGGAGCAGCCACACCUCUGGACCAAGGAAAUUAACUGCACUCCCUGGGAGCUGCGCCACUUCUACCCCGGCCAAAUCACCCCUCUGGGCUUCAACAGGAGCUCCCCUGGCACCAGGCCGCUGCCCCCACGCUCCCCACCCAAGUGUGUCCAAAUGGAGCGCCACGUCAUCCGGCCGCCCCCCAUCAGCCCCCCGCCGGAUAGAUUGCCCCUGGUGGACGGGAAAACCCACGCGGUGCAGCGAGAGGUCUGGGUGAAGAUCUUCGGAUACAUCACACACAAGGAGCUGUGUGUCUGCAUGCGUGUCUGCAAGACAUGGAACCGAUGGUGUUGUGAUAAAAGACUGUGGACCAUAAUCGAUCUGAACCGCUGUAAAUCUAUCACUCCCCUUAUGCUGAGUGGCAUCAUCCGCAGACAGCCCCUCUCACUGGACCUCAGCUGGACCAACAUCUCCAAGAAGCAACUAAGCUGGCUUAUAAACCGCUUACCAGGUCUGCGGGUGUUGCUGCUCUCCGGGUGCUCGUGGGUGGCUGUGUCUGCCCUCUGCACCUCUAGCUGCCCUCUGCUGCGCACCCUGGAUGUGCAGUGGGUAGAGGGGCUCAAAGAUGCCCAGAUGAGGGACCUGCUCUCGCCUCCGACCGACAACAGACCAGGACAGUUGGACAACCGUUGUAAGCUGAGGAACGUUAUGGACUUGCGUCUGGCCGGACUGGACAUCACAGACGCCUCUCUGCGUCUGAUUAUCAGACAUAUGCCGGUACUUUCACAACUGGACCUGAGCUACUGCAACCACGUCAACAACCAGUCAGUCAACCUGCUGACGGCCGCAGGCACCACAACCAGGGACUCCCUCACAGAGAUCAACCUGUCAGUUUGUAAUAGGGUGACAGACCAUUCCCUUACCUUCUUCAAGCGCUGUGGAAGCAUCUGUCACAUUGACCUACGCUACUGCAAACAGGUGACCAAGACGGCCUGUGAACAGUUCAUAGCUGAGAUGUCUGUAAGUGUACAGUUUGGCCUCAAAGAGGACAAAUUACUGCAGAAACUCGGCUAGUUCAUUGAGGCACACUGACGCAGGCCAAAAUGUACACAACAUAAGAACUACCUUUUGCACUAAAUGGAGCAAGACAAGGUUUCCCCCAUCAAGCCUGAACUGGUUGGUUUUGUAUGUUUAUUUCCUCUUCAGUGGAUAAUAUACCGUGUUAGAUUUCUGAACGAACAAUGUCACAUGAGUUGAGGAGAGAAGCAGAGGUGUGUAAAUGGACUGGGCAGAUUUUUUUGCAUCGAUCUUUCUGGAUGUUGUAGAAUCCUUGAGCUGAAAGGGGAAGAUGUAAAGCUACUGGACAGAAGGAGAUGGUGAAGGAAAACAGCCUGCAUGAGUGUUUCUUUUUGUGUUUGUACAUUUUUUUUUUUUUUUUUAAGGUUUGUUAUAUUGAUUUGAAUUUGUUGGGGAUUUUCUUUUUUCUACUCUUUAGGUUUGUUUUA